AUGGGGUGUGCAGUGUCUUCGCGCGAUACUCGCCGCGGCCCUCUACUGUUCUGCGAGGAGUGCACGCCUGGCGGAUCGCAAGUGCCUCCUGCCAAGCGACCGCAUAUGGCUUUACACGAACCUGUGCACGAGCCCGUGUCCAUCGCUGCAAUGCUUGCGCAGGAAGCACUCUACUCCACGUCUUCAGCGUCAACGUCAUGCGUGACUGCUCCUGCAACGUCGUCGCCCGUGAGCUCGGCCCCGACAGCAUCAACUGCAACUGCCCCUGAAACUUCACCGUCUGUGGCCUCGGUUUCUGCAGCAUCAAUCCCUGCGGCAACUGUUCUCCACCCUCACCCACCCCCUGCACAGACAACAACGCCAGUGGCAGCACAUCACUCGGUGCUGACAACAUCGCCUGUUUCGCCCCCAGUGACCUCGCCCGCUUCUUCCUUGACGUCGACACCAAAACAGGAUGGAAAGGAUGCAGGCCGUGUCAACAUUCGGUGGACGGACGAGACGCGAGUGUUGUUGUUGACGUGCGUGCAAGAUCUGAUGUCCACCGGUCUUGCAACCGUGGACGACAUUCGAAAGGGUGAUGAUGCAACGUGGAAGAGGGUGGGAGAGAUGAUGAAGAAGAGAGUUGGCGCAAAGUCGAAGAUGAAGAGGCUUGCGAACAGUGGCCUGGGGACGCGUGCACAUCGGCAAUUUCGAGAAAUGCAAGAUUUGUACAGGCACGCAACAGACGCGCACACCUUCUUCACCAAGAAAUCGGGCCUUGGCAAUCUGCAAGGGGAUGGAUACGAGGAAAGGCUAUUGCAAUGGCCUGAAUUCGAUGAGGAGCCACGAAAGCACGUACUGCAGAAGAGCGCCCAGAAGCUAGACGAACUUGGAGAGGAGAAGUUCCUGCUUCUCCAUCAGAUCCUCAACGACGCCGUACCCACAGGCUCACAGGCAAGGGAGGUCGGUGACGAAGUCGAACAACGAAGACGGAGGAAACCUCGACCUGCAGCAUCGACCGCUAGCCCAGACCCAAAACUUGAGCUCUUUAGGGAGUUUAUGCACCAGACAUCAGUGCAGUUCGCUGCACUGAUACAGGUGCUGGGCGGAACGCCUCCUGCACAACAUACCUCCGCACCACCAACAACACAGGCGCCCGACUCUGGGAUGAACGAUGGCCCACGCGAAAGCCCACGCACCACCAGCCGCGCCGGACAGGAGGAGGACAGUGACAACAAUAGUCAAGACGACUCAGUCACCGCCAGAUGUAACGAUGAUAGUGGUGAUGUUGACAGCGAUGCUGAUACUGAUGUCGUUGCUGUGGUUUGCUGA